AUGGGAGCUGGGGUUUGGAUGACUCAGCCAAAAACGCCGCCGCCGUUUCUUGCAACCGUUUUCAUUGCCUUCGCCAUCGAGUGCACCGUUCCACUUACGCCAAGCCCAGCUGAAUGGGCUAGGCAUACACUACACAAGUACAUCUACCAGGAAGGUAUGGUUGGCUUUUGGAAGGUGUGGUUGGCUUUUGGAAGGUGUGGUUGGCUUUGGUGA